AUACAACAAAAGAAUCGCACCAAAUGACAACAGAAGCACCACCCACUACGGUCACCUCCGAAAAUAUACAUUCUUUCUUUAUUUCCUCCGGCCGGCCAGAAUAGCCAUUUAAAUACACCUCACUCUACACUGACUUUAAUCUCUCUCUCUCAAUCUAAAAAUGGCUGCUUGUUCUUCUCUCUCAACCAAACUCCGGUUUGAUUCCUCCACCAAUCCCAGAAUUCAGCCUUCCGAUGUGGUGUUUCCGGCGAGUGUAGCUGUGAACCGGAAGAAUUGGAGAAGAAGUGUGUUUCGUGGAAUAGGAAUUGUGCGCAGUGAAGCGGUGGCUGUUGAUGAUCGGAAAGUGGAGGGAGAGAGUGAGAAGAGGAGAGAGAAAGGUAGGGUUUUGAAAGUAGGGCUGAUUUGCGGAGGACCAUCUGCUGAGCGUGGGAUAUCGCUUAAUUCUGCUAGAUCAGUGCUUGAUCAUAUUCAGGGGGAUGACCUGCAUGUAAGCUGCUAUUACAUUGAUCCCAAUCUCAAUGCAUAUGCAAUAUCCUCUGCUCAGGUUUAUUCAAAUACCCCUGCUGAUUUUGAUUUCAAACUUGAAAGUGUAGCACAAGGUUUUGACACUUUGACCGAGUUUGCAGAACACCUAGCGGCAUCUGUGGACAUAGUUUUCCCCGUCAUACAUGGCCGUUUUGGCGAAGAUGGUGGCAUUCAGGAGCUUCUUGAAAAGUCAAAUGUUCCAUUUGUUGGAACAAGAUCAAAAGAAUGCCGUACAGCAUUUGACAAGUAUGAUGCCUCCUUGGAGCUUAAGAGACAAGGCUUUAUAACCGUACCCAACUUUGUCUUACAGGGGAGUGAAUUGGAUGAAUCUGGUCUUUCAAGAUGGUUCCAUGACAAUCAAGUAGAUGCUAAUUCAGGAAAAGUUGUGGUAAAACCAACACGAGCAGGAUCAAGUAUCGGAGUUACAGUUGCUUAUGGUGUUGCUGAUUCCCUUUACAAAGUUGGAGAAAUAAUUUCUGAGGGGAUUGAUGAUAAGGUCAUAGUUGAAAUUUUUCUUGAAGGAGGUAAAGAGUUUACCGCAAUUGUUCUUGAUGUUGGUUCUGAAUUUGACUGCCAACCAGUUGUAUUCCUUCCAACAGAGGUGGAACUUCAGUCUAGCGUAAGUGCGGACUUAAGUGAGAAAGAUGCAAUAUUUAACUAUAGGAGGAAGUAUCUUCCCACUCAGCAGGUUGUUUAUCACACUCCGCCUCGUUUUCCGUUAGAUGUAACAGAAAAAAUUCGGGAAGGGGCCUCUAUAUUAUUCAAACGACUUGGAUUACGGGAUUUUGCAAGAAUUGAUGGUUGGUUUUUACCACCUUCUUCUAGUAUUAUUACAUCGUCAGAAACAAAUGAUUUUGGGAGGACUGAAUCAGGAAUCGUUUUAUUUACCGAUAUUAACUUGAUAAGUGGGAUGGAACAAACUAGUUUUCUGUUUCAGCAAGCUUCAAAGGUUGGGUUCUCCCACUCAAAUAUCUUGAGAACCAUUAUUCAGCGUGCCUGUUUACGGUUCCCAAGCCUUGCUUCAUACUGUAGUGAGUCAAACGGGUCACCUAGAAAGUCAAAGUCUUCGAAGUUUGGUCAACAGACUUCUGAAAAUGAAGGUGUUGGCAAAGUUUUUGUGAUAUUUGGUGGAGACACAUCUGAACGCCAAGUGUCUCUUAUGAGCGGGACUAAUGUUUGGCUCAAUCUUCAAGUAUCUGGUGAUGUGGAAGUAACUCCUUGUUUACUUGCUCCCGGAAAUGAUAUUAGCUCGAGGACGGUUUGGUCAUUACCUUAUUCCCUUGUGCUAAGACAUACCACAGAAGAAGUGAUUGAUGCUUGCACAGAAGCACUGGAGCCUGCUCGUGCCGCACUCACGUCUCAUUUAAGAAAGCAAGUAAUGGAAGAAGUAGCCAGUGGUUUGAAACACCACAAUUGGUUCACUGGUUUUGAUAUAUCCGAUGAACAGCCUAUUAAAUUCACACUGGACAGCUGGAUAAAACUAGCCAAAGAAGUUCAAGCCACGGUUUUCAUUGCAGUGCAUGGAGGUAUCGGUGAAGAUGGUACACUUCAGUCGUUGCUUGAGGCUGAAGGAGUACCUUAUACAGGUCCUGGAUUUUCGGCUUCAAAGAUAUGUAUGGACAAAGUGGCAACAUCUCUUGCCGUUAAACAUCUUACGAACUUGGGGGUUCUUACUAUAAACAAGGAGGUUAGGCGAAAAGAAGAUCUUGUGAAUUCUUCUAGUUCUGAUGUUUGGCAUGAGGUCGUAUCGAAACUACAAUGUGAAACCGUUUGUAUCAAACCAGCACGAGACGGAUGCUCCACUGGAGUUGCAAGACUCUGUUGCGCAGAGGAUCUUGGCGUUUAUGUAAAAGCAUUGGAAGAUUGUCUUCCUCGAAUUCCUCCAAAUAGCUUUGCAAAGGCACAUGGAUUAAUUGAGAUGCCGGUUCCUCCACCAGAGUUGUUAAUAUUUGAACCUUUUAUUGAAACGGAUGAGAUCACCAUGGUCAAAUCAGGAAGUCAAAAUGGUCUGAUGUGGAAAGGAAGUAGUAGAUGGGUUGAAAUAACUGUCGGGGUCAUAGGAAAACGAGGUUCCAUGCGCUCUUUGAUGCCAAGUGUCACCGUUAAAGAAAGUGGUGACAUAUUAUCACUUGAAGAGAAAUUUCAAGGUGGAACUGGGAUUAAUCUAACCCCACCCCCACUGUCAAUAAUGAGUACCGAGGCGUUAACCAGAUGCAAAGAACGGAUUGAGCUUGUAGCUAACACUCUGGAGCUUGAAGGAUUUUCUCGUAUUGAUGCAUUUGUAAAUGUUGAUAGUGGAGAGGUUUUAGUUAUCGAAGUCAAUACCGUGCCCGGAAUGACCCCCUCGACAGUAUUGAUUCAUCAGGCGCUUGCAGAGGAACCGCCGGUGUACCCUCAUACGUUCUUCCGUACCCUUCUUGACUUGGGUUCACAACGGUUCAUGUAGAUCUUGUUCUUGUUCAACAGUCUUUGAAGAACCUUGUCUUUAAUUUGAAUUUAUUAGACGCAUAAAACAAAUUAAUUAAUUAAUGAAUGUAUGUUCUUAUGUGAAAAUCUAGUACUGAGUCUAGGGGAUGUGGAUCAUGUUAGAUUGAAGGAUUUCGGGUUGGCAGGUUGAAUAGGCGAAAUCAAACAUAACUCAUAUUAAUUCGUGUCAAAGACAUCACCCUUAACCCGUACCCAUUUAAAUCUG